UUGGAAAGUAUUCGGGGAAAUACGGGAAAGCCGGGUCGAUCAACGCCGGUCAAUCAGGGUUACAGUCGCAAAUCCCCACUAAAUCCCCACAAUGUCUCUCGUUCUGCAACGGCUCUCUUUUAACUCAGACAGAAGAGAAAACACAUCAACGCAUUUGAAGAGGCCGACAAGGUGAAUGAAUGUAGUGCACUCACGUACCUCGGGGGCGGAGCCAGGUGUUAGGGGAGGAGGGGAGAGGACGUCAUGUUGAGGAAACGAAACUUAAAGAGCCACAUCGUGGAAGCAGUUCUCUCUUUCGGGAGAUAGUAUCACGCAUUAAAUAGUCUGACAGACAGAAACAACAACAAGGAAUGGCCUGUGCCAACGCCAACUGGUCCGAAGAGAACUUUUCAUGUUCAAUCCGUCUGGAUGCGUUCAGCAGUCCAGUCACCACACCAUGUGGACACAACUUCUGCAGAACCUGUAUUACAAAGUACUGGGAUGAACAAGUGAAGUACAAAUGUCCUGUUUGCAACAAGCUUUUCGACACAAGACCUGGGGCCGUAUUCACAAAGCAUUUUAUCUUACCGCUAGGAGUGCUCCUAACUCGCGCUAAAACAUUUUACGUAGGAGUUUUUUCUUAAAAGUUAUUCACAAAGCCGCUGAGACCUACUCUUACUAAGGAUAAAUCACAAAGAGUGAACUAAGAGUGACGCGCCGUUGCUAUGGAUUACGUCAUUUCUCGUGCACGAGUUUAGAAGCGGUCAGUUCGGUGAUUGGUUGUUCAGACGAGCCCACUGAAUCACCGAAAAACAAGGAAAUAGCCUAGGCUAGAAAUGAAUUCCUAUUAAGUAGUUAUAGUGCAGUUAGCAGAAUACACGCAUGAUGACAAUUUUGUGCAGACCACGAUAAUGACGUUGUAGCCUGCACGUUCAAGAGAGAGAGAAAGCAAACAAUAAAAAUGCGUAAAAUCUAAAAUAAAAUAAAUGUUACGAACUACCCAAGUGUUGACUGAUUUGUGCCAAGGUGUUUACCUAAAAUGUGUUUUCAAAGUGAUCCCUAAAUGCCUGUCCACUCGGUUCCACACGGCCAAAUUCCUUGUAAUGUUGAUCGCCAUCAUCAUCAUCAUCAUCAUCAUCAUCAUCAUCAUCAUCGUCUGGCUGUGGAAUGUUCCUCCGCUUGCAAAGGUUGUGUAGAAUGGCACAUACAGUGAUUACUGUGCUUGCCCUCUCUGGGGUGAGGCGUAUUUCGCCGUGGAGGACAUGAAACCGACGUUUCAUCUGCCCAAUUCCUCUCUCCACAACAUUUUGUGUAUGUUUGUGUGCUCGCAAAGAGCCAAUACGAUGUGUUUUACGCAUAGGACUAAGCGUAAUCUGCGUAAUCACUUACAUGUUACACUUUAACUGUGCUCCCGGUUGUGGAUUAAGGUAGGGUGUCUAGAGCCACGUCUUGCAUGGAUAGUCACUGUCACCCAGCAAGUGACACCCAACUGGUACAUCUCAAAAAGCUGCCUCAGACCGCUCACCAUUAAAAUGCGCGAAUCAUGGGUAGCUGAAGAUCCAGGCCACUUUGCAACAACAUCCAGUAGGCUAUGUUCAAAUUUGCAUCAAAAACAACCUGCGUGUUGAUGGAAUGCACUUUCUUCCUAUUGACGAACACGUCCUCGUCUUUUGAUGGCGCAAUUAUUUUUAUUUUUUAGAAGUUAUAUAUAUUUUUUUAUAACUUAUAAUUUUUAUAACAUUUUAUUUCGGGACUAAUCGGAUUAUUCCUGUUAGUCGGGGAUGUUAUUGCAUUGCGAUUAACUCCACAACAAGUUUAAUACCCUAACAUUUCGUCUCGCAGGCAUUUACGAUUCUUUGUGAAUAGGUCUUACUGAGUUAGGAGUCCUCUUGAGGACUUUUAAGCUCUCCUAGACUUAGGUGCUACUUUUAGGCCUAAAAUACUUUGUGAAUUGCUCUUAGUGAAAAAAGUUAGGAGUCCUAAAUUUAAGAGUGACACGCCCAUUAUUUUUAGGAGUUACUCCUAAAUUCGCCAGUUAGGACCUACUUUUAGCCCUAAAAUCCUUUGUGAAUACGGCCCCUGAUCUACAGGUCAAUGCCCUCUUAUCAGAGAUGGUUGAUCGGUUUGGAACGUCCGUACGAGUAAAAGAGCAGCCUUAUGUUGAACCAGGAGAAGUUCCCUGUGAUGUCUGUCCUGGGACCCAGCUGAAGGCUGUGAAGUCCUGCUUGAUGUGUUUUAUCUCUUACUGCCAAACCCACUUUGAGCCACAUCAGAGAGUCACAGUCCUGAAGAAACAUCGGCUGGUCGAGCCUAUGGACCGUCUGGAAGACAGGAUGUGUAAGAAACACGACCGACUUAUGGAGCUCUUCUGCCAGAAUGAACAGGUGUGUGUGUGUCAGUAUUGCACAGAGACAGACCACAAGUCCCAUCCUGUUGUACCUCUAAAGGAGGAAUAUGGAGUGAAGAUGGCCCAGCUGGGGAAGAUAGAGGCAGAAGUCCAGCAGAUGAUCCAGGAGAGACAAAAUAAUAUUCAGGAGAUCAAAGAUACAAUAAAAUGCAGCAAAGCAGAUGCAGACAGAGAGAUAGCUGAUGGUGUGCAGGUCCUUUCUGCUCUGAUGCGCUGCAUUGAAAAGUGGCAGGAUGAUCUCAACCAAAUGGUUAAAGAGAGACUGAAAUCCACAGAGAAACAAGCUGAAGACCUCAUCAAAGAGCUGGAGCAGGAAAUAGAGGUUUUGACCAAUAGAAGCUCAGAGGUGAAGCAGCUCUCACACACUAAAGACCACCUCCACUUCCUCCAGGCCUUCAGAUCCCUGAAGAAUCCUCCACCCACCAGGGACUGGACGACGGUGGAGGUCCGUCCUCCGUCAUACGUAGGGACCUUGAGGAGAUCCCUGGAUCAGCUGGAGGAGACACUGAACAUGGAGAUAAAGACGCUGCGUGAUGCUGAACUGAAGAGGGUCCAGCAGUAUGAAGUAGAUGUGACUCUGGAUCCUGAUACAGCUCAUCCCAAGCUCAUCCGGUCUGAGGAUGGGAAACAAGUAAAUGAUGGAGAUGUGGUGAAGAAACUCCCAGAAGACCCUAAGAGAUUAACACAUGAUAUGCCUGUUCAGCCUGAUCUGAAACCUGGUGUAAAGAAGUAUGCCUGUGAACUCACUCUGGACCCGAACACAGCCCACAGAAAUCUCUCUGUCUGAGGACAACAGAAGGGUGAGGCAGCUUGGAAAAACACUGAGGUAUCCUGACCACCCACAAAGAUUUGACUACCAUAGACAGGUGUUGUGUAGAGAGGGUCUGACUGGCCGCUGUUACUGGGAGGUAGAGUGGGAAGGAGGGGUGGGUAUAGGAGUGACAUACAGACAAAUGCAUAGGAGAGGAAUGUAUGCUGACGCUGCGCUUGGACAUAAUAUACAUUCGUGGUGUCUUCAAUGUGGUGAUGGUCUUGUUGAUAGUUUUGGUGAAGAUUAUUGCUCUGCCUGGUACAACGGUAUUCAAACAAUAUUGGCUCCCCCCCCCGAUCACUUUAAGAGAAUAGGAGUGUAUCUGCACCGAUCUGCUGGCAUUCUGUCCUUCUACAAUGUGUCCCCAGAUGUGGGAGGCUCCUCAGGCAAACUGACACACAUCCACACCUUCCAUUCAACGUUCACUCACGACCUCUACCCUGGGUUUCUGUUUUGGGGUUCUAAUUCCACAGUCACUCUGUGUCGGUUGUAGUUGGAGGGGGGGUCUUGUGGUCUUUGUGGCCAGCCAGCCGUCACUGGGCAGCAUUUAUAUUUGGUCACAAUGACAGAGUUGACCAAAAUCACAACGAAACACUGUACAGUCUGUCCAAAACAUGGUUGGAGUGAUAAUUGUGAAUACUAUAAUGACUAUUUUCGAAACAAAGAGAAAAAGUAAAAAGCCAGACGGGGGUUGAAGGAAAAUGGGUCUCCUCUGAAAUCUAUAGGUUGAAGUACUGAGAACUGAAUGAUGAUGAUGAUGAUGAUGAAGAUGAAGGUGAAAAGAAAAUCAGCAUUCUAGUGAAUUCUUACGGACGUGAUAACCAUAUAAGAACGAGACUGAAGAAUCAAAAAAAUAUCUAUAAAUAUAUCGACAAAAAACCAUUGACAUACAAUAGUUUUAUAUUCCUAUGUGUGUAGCUAUAGCAUAUCAGCAUUGUAACCUGAUAGCAGGGCUGCUCUCUGCCUAUUCAUGGGAAUGACAUGCUUUUAUUUCUUGGUCAAGAUCCUGUAAAUAAUGUGAUUCAAAUUAGAAGAGUGUCUCUCCCUCUCGAAUUUGAAAGUGGUUUCCUCUGUUGCCUUUGCUUUUUCUUUGCUCUUUUUCACAAUGAAAUUCCGAUGCAUUGUUGUUUUUUAAAUAAACAAAAUCCGUGUGAUCAUCCCAUCUUUGUCCACUGGG